UACCAUGCCACUUGGUUAUUCGAAUUAGUUCAGCACAUAACUCUCCAAUCGGAACUGUUUCACCAAAUUCGAGCAAAAUGAAUGUGAUGCGCAGAGAUAGAUGUAUUAUUUUAGUAUUGAUAUUUACAAUUCUAAGCCUACAUGCGUUGCCUUCAAAUUCUAAGACGUUGAAUAUUGCCGUUGUCGGUGCGGGUGUGUCGGGUCUAUGCAGUGCUAAAAACGCUCUCGAACAAGGACACAAUGUAGUGGUCUACGAAAAGAGUGAAGCACUUGGUGGCACAUGGUAUUAUACAAACAAAACUGGAAAGGACGAGUACGGUAUAAAUAUUUACACAGCAAUGUAUCAAGUUUUAAGAACAAAUACACCUCGCCAAAUUAUGGAAUUACCGGGCCUUCAAUUUCCAAAAAAUACUCCAUCAUAUCCACCUCAUGAGGAUAUAUGGAACUACUUGAACUCAUACGCUGAUCGAUUUGGUUUGAAGAAGCACAUAAAGUUCCAUCAUUUGGUGGAAAAAAUCCAUUCGAUUGAAAACGACCAGUGGAAAAUAAUUGUGAAAGAUUUGCCAAAUAAUAAGACUAGAACGAUGAUUUAUGAUGCGGUUUUUAUUUCCAUUGAUAAAUUAUCUACACUUAAUUAUCCACAAUAUGAAGGUGCCAACGAAUUCAAUGGAAAAAUCAUGCAUAGCCAUGAAUACCGCAGAGCUGAAGACUUUCAUGGUGCUGAUGUUCUAGUUAUCGGAUCGGGAAGCAGCGGAAGCGAUAUUAUUUUUCAACUUUCAAAGACUGCCAACCGAGUGACAUGGAGCAAACGUACAUAUACCGACGAAACAGAAGAAGAACGAAAAGUGUAUGGCGAAACGGUUACAUUUAAAAACAAUGUGAAACUUCUUACUUCGUCGGGGGCUGAAUUUCUGGAUGGCACACAUCAAAACUUCACUGUAAUUAUUUAUGCGACAGGUUACAAAAAUUCGUUCUCGAUUUUGGAUGCUGACACAGGUCUUCGUGUUGAUGACAAUUAUGUGCAACCACUCUAUAAGCAAAUCAUAAAUAUCGAGCACCCGACUAUGGCUUUGAUUUCCAUUGAUACAUUUGCGGCAAAUUUUCGCGUCAAAGAUUUACAGGUGCGUUUUGCACUGGAAUUCUUUUCUGGAGCCAAGAAACUGCCGCCAAAAUCAGAAAUGUUGAAAGAUAUGCAAGAUUUUGCGGAAAGUCAACAGAAGAAAGGUCAUUACAAAAGUAGAAUUCAUAUUGUUGGCAUAGAUGAUAGUAAGGAGUAUUAUGGCCAAGUUUCUCAAGCUGCAGACCUCGCAAAAAUUUUAGAUGUUUACCCAAACAUUGCUAGCGACUCAAUGAAAACUUCAAUGAAUAAUCCAUUUGGAUUUCGUGAAUUUAAAUACACCAUAAUUGAUGAUGAAACAUUUGAGAAAAAAAGAGAAGUCUGAUAUGGCAUUAUUUACUAAAGAUAACUUGGAAUUUAUAUGCAGUUUUAUUAUUUCACUGUAAGCUGUAGUAAUAAAUGAAAAGACAUAUCAUGGAAUACAGAUAA